AUGGCGACAUCUGAAGCUGUGCGGAAUCACAUCAAGCCAGGAAUCGUUGGCAGGCCCAAUAUUGUGCUUCCACCAUUGAGCGACUUUACAGCGUCGAAACCUACAAGACUUCUCACUAAAAUCCAUGGCAAGUGGUAUGACUUAACAAAAUUCGAGAAACGUCAUCCGGGAGGACCAGUGGCGCUUGGUCUGGCGCGAGGCCGAGACGCCACCGUUAUGUUUGAGAGUCACCAUCCAUUCACCAACCGGAAAAUUUUAGAUGCCAUUUUAAUGAAGUAUGAAAUCGAUGCUUCGGACAGCAAACACCUACAGACUCUGGAGCAGCUUCAUGGCGUACCCGAACACUCUUUCGAAUGGCCGAGUGCCUUUGGCGAGGCCCUGAAAUUUCAGGUUAAAGAGUAUUUCGAAGGGGAGUCUAAGAGACGGAAUAUCUCCCUCCGAGAAGCGACCAAGGCCUCUCCUUCGCGGUGGGUUGAGAUCGCGAUCUUGGCUGUCCUCUUCUUAAGUACAUUCCACGGGUUCUUUAGAGGUGAUUGGAGAUUCUUGCUUCUGUUCCCGCUUACCGCUUGGCUUCUUGGAGUGAAUAUUUUCCAUGACGCGACUCACUUCGCCUUCUCCGACAACUGGAGAUGGAAUGCCUUGAUCCCUUACGCUUUCCCUUACUUUUCCUCUCCCUUUUCUUGGUAUCAUCAGCACAAUAUAGGUCACCACAGCUAUCCGAAUGUUUCCGAUCGGGAUCCAGAUGUGCUACACCACUAUUGGAUGAAGCGUGAACACAGAGACGUGAAGUGGUUGCCCAUUCACAAGAAUCAGAGCACUUGGUGGUUUAUGCUCUUCUGGUGGAGUGUGUCGGUUGAGUUUGGCUUGACAACCAUGCAGGACCUUUGGAUGCUGCAGACCAAUCUUUACAAUGAGGUUGUGCCUAUGAUGGCCAUUAGCGGGUCGAGGAGGCUCAGGCACAUUCUUGGGAGAGUUUUGACAAUUGGAAUUAUUCACGCCUGGCCUUUCUUCGUGGUGGAGACUUGGGGGAAGGCCUUUGCAUUCUCUCUCAUCCCGUAUCUAUUUUUCUCGGUUUUGUUCAUGAUGAACACGCAGAUCAACCAUCUUCUACCCCACACGACGCACGCAGCUGACGCCGAUUGGUACAAGCAUCAGGUCAUCACCGCCCAGGACUUUGGAGUGGGAAGCAAGUUCUGCCACCUCUUCAGUGGAGGUUUGAAUUAUCAAGUCAUUCACCACUUGUUUCCCACAGUGAACCACUGUCAUCUUCCGCAAUUGCAACCAAUUGUUGCUCGGUUAUGCGAGAAAUACGACGUUGGUUACACAACUGCUAGAGGUUACGUUCACGCUAUUCAACUACAUCACCAACAUUCUUCAAGGUUGGCUACAAAGAUUGAACAUGCUGAUUAA